AUGGCGUCGUCGACGUGCACGGCGCCGCCGCCCACCGUCCGCGGCGUGCACCAUUUCGAGAUCAUCGGCUACAGACUCAUCAAAGGCCUCUCCCCGGGCGAGUACGUCCGGUCCGGCGCCUUCGUCGUCGGCGGCUACCGGUGGUCCGUGCGCUUCUACCCCGGCGGCUUCUCGCCGCCGCACCGCGCGCACGUGUCGGCGUUCCUCAAGAUCACGACCAACAGCGCGAGGGCGUGGGCGCGCUUCGACCUCCGCCUGCUCGACCGCGCCACGGGGCUGUCGCGCUCCGUGCACCGCGCUGCGGCGCCCGUCGUCUUCGACUACUCGGCGGCGCACAAGAAGUGCAAGGGCAAGCGCGGCGCCCGCGCGUUCAUGCCGCGGGCCGAGCUCGAGGCGUCGCCGUACCUGCGCGGCGACCGCCUCACGAUCGAGUGCGUCGUCGAUGUCGUCGUCGCCGCCGGCGAGGACCUGGCGGACAUCGCGUUCCACGUCGGAGGAGAGGUGUUCCGUGCACACAAGGUCGUGCUCGCGACGCGGUCGCCGGUGUUCAUGGCGGAGCUCUACGGAGGGAUGAAGGAGAAGGGGAUGGAGCGCAUCGCCAUCGACGACGUGCAACCGUUGGUGUUCGGAGCUCUGAUCCGUUUCGUGUACACGGAUGUGUUGGUGCUCCCUGGUGACCUGGAAGGAGAUGACUACAAGGAGAUGGUGAGGCAUCUCCUUGAGGCGGCGGAUCGAUACGGCGUGGAGCGGCUGAAGCUGGUAUGUGAGAGCAUCCUGUGCAGGAGCCUCGACGGGAACACGGUGGAGACGACGCUCGCCUUGGCUGAUCAACACUACUGCAAGGCACUGAAAGAUGUCUGCGUUCAGUUUAUGUCUCUGGGAUUAUAA